CAAGCCGCGGCUGGAGCUUUUCAGCGGUUCCAAAGAGGAAAGCCCUCCCUUCCUUUCUUCACCUCUCACCCAGGGGAAGUUACCAGGGGAUUUAUCACGAAAAAGCGCGAGUUAUUGCCUCUGAGAGCUAGGCGAAAGGAAAACUGCCCAGAGCGCAGUGACGUGGACUUUGAUACCCGAGGGGUUGUCAGAGGGCGAGAGCUCGCCACCCAGGCGGGAGCCGCAUGGGGGAAGGGGAGAGAACCAGACGAAUCUUGCCUGCGGGCCCCCUGAAGCCCCGACCCCGGCCGCACCCAAACUUCCUGGAGAUUUAUCCAGUGCCCCCAGUCGCUGCCCCAACUUGAGCCAAGCGAUCGAACUCAAACAUGCGGCACAGGCCGCCCUGGGGCUGCUCCGAGGCCCCUGUUCUUACCUGGCCUAAGGACAGCAGCGGAGAUCAAGAGGCAGAAGACCAGACGGCAGGAGGGGGCCGCCUUCGAAGCCAUAUUCCUCCUCCUCGGGGACCACCGACAGAGUCCGCGCCGCAGGAGGGGGCGUCGUCCCCGGCCCCGCGCGCUCGCGCUCCGGACGCUGGGGGCAGAGGCUUCUCCCUGACACGCCGCCCUCUGGGCUGUGGCGCCGCACCUUCCCGUCUCCGCCGCCCGCAACUUUCCACCGCGCAGUGGCCCAACUCCUCCCGCCUCCCCUUCCACACGCGCCCUCGGCCCCUUUGGCUGCUCCUCCGGGGCCGGCGACCCUCUCUUUCCGGGAGACACCUGAGUAAUUCGGAAAGGUAUACGUGGUUCUUUUUAGCGGGUCUGUUGUUUUCCUUCUCUUGGAAUAAUAAUAAUGGUAGUGGCAGUGUGCAUAAAAAGCCCGGUGCUAGGAAAGAAUUGCCGGGGCUGGCAACCGAGGGGCGACAGGUCCAGGCAGUCUCCUCAGGUGGUGGCGGCGGCGGCGGCAGCGGCGGCAGCGAAAGCAGCGGCGCCAGCGGCAGUCUGGGCUGCUCUGAGUGGAGGGACUGGAAGGCGUGUGUAAGCUGCCGCUCUCCUCCUCCCUUCGCCCUCCCUCUCUCCUCGCAGCUCCCCGCUUCGCAGGAGGUACAGCCAAGCGCAGGUGGCAGGAGCGGGAUCCGCAGCCUAGAGGCGCUGCAGGACCAAGUCCCAGGCUGAGGCGGGAUCUGGAACUCCUCUGG